AUGCAACUGCGAGCACAUAAAAAAGCUCAGAACACACCAAGUGCGCCGUUACAAGGCACUGAAGUCGGUUUCAACGGUCAGACUAGUCCUGAUGAUGAUGUCAUCAGUACAGAGAGCCAAAACAUUCCUUUGAUGCGGGUUGUGAUGUCAAAGAAGCAAACGAAACGAAAAAGCAACAAAAUUCUGAAGGAAGGCUGGGUUGUUCAUUACACAAAUCAGAUGAACAUGAGGAAAAAGCAUUAUUGGCGAUUGGAUACGAAAAGCCUGAUAAUGUAUCAAGAUGAGAGUUCAACGCGUUACUUCAAGGAAAUUCCUCUGAACGAGGUUUUGGAUUUGAAAAAUGUGGACCACGAAACGCUCAAACGAUCGAAUACCCAUUUCUUUGAAAUUCGUACGCAGGACUGUACUUACUAUAUU